AUGGCGCCCACCGUCCCGAAUAUCAAGCUCAACAGCGGCUAUGAGAUGCCCCAGGUCGGGUUCGGCCUGUGGAAGGUCGACAACGAUCUUGCCGCUGACACUGUCUACAAUGCCAUCAAGGUCGGAUACCGUCUAUUUGACGGCGCAUGCGACUACGGCAACGAGAAAGAGUGCGGCGAUGGCAUCCGCCGGGCGCUGGCUGAGGGCAUCGUGAAGCGCGAGGAGCUGUUCAUCGUGUCCAAGCUGUGGAACACCUUCCACGACGGCGACAAGGUCGAGCCGAUCUGCAAGAAGCAGCUCGAGGACUGGGGCGUCGACUACUUCGACCUGUACAUUGUGCACUUCCCCGUGGCCCUGGCCUACGUCGACCCGUCGGUGCGCUACCCGCCCGGCUGGCACUACGACGGCGUGUCCGAGGUGCGCACCAGCAAGGCCUCGAUCCAGGAGACGUGGACGGCCAUGGAGGCCCUCGUCGGCAAGGGCCUCGCGCGCUCCAUCGGCGUGUCCAACUUCCAGGGCCAGCUCGUCUACGACCUGCUGCGCUACGCCAAGAUCCCGCCCGCCACGCUGCAGGUCGAGCACCACCCGUACCUGGUGCAGCCCGACCUCGUCAAGCUCGCCCAGAACGAGGGCAUCGCCGUCACCGCCUACAGCUCCUUCGGCCCGGCCUCCUUUGUCGACUUCGACAUGCAGCACGCCCUCGCCAUGGUGCCCCUGCUGCAGGAGCCCACCAUCAACAGCCUCGCCGCAAAGUACGGCAAGCCCCCCGCCCAGAUCCUGCUCCGCUGGUCCACCCAGCGCGGCCUCGCCGUCAUCCCCAAGACGCUGCGCGUCGAGCAGAUGCAGGAGAACAUCGGCUGCACGUCCUUCGACAUGGACCCCCUCGACGUCGACCUCAUCAGCGCCCUCGACAAGAAGACCCGCUUCAACCAGCCCAGCAACUACUUCCCCACCGAGAAGCUCUGGAUCUUUGGCUAA